AUGAAUAGGCAACAACCUCAACGUCAGAAUGACCUUGCUAUGUGGUACAAUAGUAUACCUGUAUGCACAAGGUUCUUAUUUACGAGUUUCAUAGCAAUAACGCUAGCGGGAAACUUGGGUUUGGUCGACAUAGAGAAUCUACUUUAUUUUCCUCGAGAUAUUUUUGCCCGAUUUCAAAUAUGGAGACUUUACACACCAUUUUUUUUAUUUAGCUUCAAUGUAAGCGGCGCAAUUCAGUUAUUUUUUCUAUAUAAAUAUUCAGUAGAACUAGAAACUACGAGGUUUGCAGGACGUACGGCUGAUUAUGUUUAUUUCCUUUUAGUGGAAGCGGGCCUGAUUCUC